AUGCGCCUCUUCAGGACCCUAACUCUAGCCGUCGUGGGGCUUCUCACAUCUCGCCUCUCCAACGCCUUCCGAUCGUCUAGAGACCAGGACGCCGCCGCCGCGUUCUUGAAUAGUCUCCUAACCGACACCCGGGGUCUCGACGAUGCUCUCCGUGGACAAGGACAACAGCGGCCCACCUCUCUGACUGUAGACCUCGGGUAUGCCAAGUACGAAGGCUACACCAACGCCAGCAGCGGCCUGAACAUCUGGAAAGGGAUCCGCUACGCGGCUCCUCCGACAGGCGCCCAGCGAUGGCGUGCUCCCCGCCUCCCGUCGGCCAACGACACUGCCGGGAGCGGUGGUGGUGGUGGUGCUGGGGUCCUGGCAGCGACUGACUUUGGUCCAAUCUGUCCGCAAAACUACCCUGCCGUGCCGGGUCUCCCCUUCAUCCCCGGCGACGAGGACUGUCUCUUCCUAAACGUGUACGCCCCCGCCGCCGCUGCCGAGGACUUGCCGGUGCUGGUGUACAUCCACGGCGGUGGGUACGGGUACGGCGAUGGAAGGAUUGACAUGUCGGAGAUCAUCAAUGCGAAUGGGGGUGGUUUCGUGGCUGUUGUUAUUCAGUAUCGCCUCGGCGCAUUGGGGUUCCUUUCCUCAGCAGAGGUCAAAGCCCGAGGCGUGGUGAACGCGGGACUGCUUGACCAGGCCUUUGCCCUCGGCUGGGUGCAGCGCUUCAUCGGCCAGUUUGGCGGGGAUCGUCGCAAGGUGACGAUUGCAGGGGAGUCGGCGGGCGCCGGGUCUGUCAUGUACCACAUCCUCGCCGUGGACGGAAGUCUGGGGACGACUCUCUUCAAUAAUGGAAUCGCCGCCUCGCCGUACCUCCCGUUCCACUAUGCCUACGACGCGGCGUUUCCGACUGCGCGGUAUCAGGCGUUUGCUGAAAAGGCGGGCUGUUUGUCGUCUGGUGAUGUCCUCGAGUGUCUCCGCGGGAAAGAGAGCAUGACGUUGCAGGUGGCGAGUGCCAAUACCACUUUUGAACAGCCGUAUGGGUUUUGGGCGUUCUACCCGGUGACGGACGGCGUUUACAUCAAGAGCCUUCCCACCGAGCAGAUGAAGCAGAAGAAAGUCAACGGAGAGCGCCUGCUCGUCGGUCACAAUGCGAAUGAAGGGCCCCUCCUCACUCCGCCCAACAUUGUCAGCGUCUCGGAUCUGACAUCCUGGCUCAAGCUCGAGUUCCCCAACCUCUCUUCGAGCCAAAUCGACGAGAUCCUCGCCGCGCAUCCGACAAAGACGGGGGCGAACGACACCCGCUUCGAGACAAACGGGCUGACGGGUCUCACGGCCCUCGACGUGAGUCAGUCAGGGACCGGGCAACAGCAGAGAGCCAACAACAUUUACGCUGAAGCCACGUUCGUCUGCCCAAGCUACUGGCUCUCCGACGCCUUCACAUCGCCAAAGUCGUCUUGGCACUACCAGUACUCUGUACCCUUCGCCUGGCACACGGCCGAUAUCCCAGGCUACUUUGGCCCCGCGACGCCGAACCAGGGCCCGGACCUUGUUCUCGCCUUCCGCAAGAUUUGGGGUAACUUCGUCACGGCCAACGACCCUUCCAUCAGCGAUGAGAUUGCCAACGGAGCUUCGGGAGGCGGGGCAGCUGCUGAGAAUGGAGCGAGCCAGUGGCCGGUCUGGACGGAGGAGGCGCAGAAGCAGUUGAACUUGAACCAGACGGGCGGGGUGCCGUAUGAGUUUGUUACGUCGUGGGGCACGCGCGUCACGCAGUUUAUGGCUCCGGGACAGGUGAAUGAUAUCAGGGUUGUGCCGGCUGAUUCCUGGGAGGGCGGGCGUGGUGAGAGGUGCGACUUUUGGCGGCGGUUGGCUCCUAGCAUUUCGGCCUAG